AUGUCAGUUUCUUCUGAUAAUUUCACUUUAAAACAACCACAUUAUCAUGCUCUUUAUCAACCUUCAUGGCGUGAAAAAUUGGCUGUUGAGCUUGAUAAUACUGCUAUCGGUAGUAUCUGGAAAAUAGUGGAUGCUUUUCUCAACAUUUUAUUAUGUAUGAUUUAUAUAGCACAUACUGGUCAUAUGAUGAAAUCUUUGCCGCUGGUGAAUGUGUGCUUGGAAGUAAUAGUAUCAUUGCUGUUGAUAAUAGAAUAUGUUCCAAAAUUUUACAUUUAUGAAUUUGAAUCAUGGAAGUCAUUUUUCACUAGCCCUAUUCCACUCCUAACAAUCUUAACAGUCUUUCCUUGUGCUGCCACUGCUCAUGAUCCCGUAUUCCAAGAAACUCGUUACAUUCUAAUUAAAGGUAAAACCAAAUAUUCUAAAUAUGUAUAUACUUGUCCCAGAUAUAAUGUAAUGUUGAGAGAUGAUGAUAAAGUUUUUGUGUUGAGUAAACAAAUUCCAUCUAUAUUGUAA